CAUGGCGGAUUGACGCACAGUGGGCAGACUGCAGCUAAAGGCAGUUAAAUACUUGUCAUAAACGACAGACUGAACCUGGCAACCCUCGAGCCAUCUCAUUCUUUCACUUUCUCCUUUACAUCGGUACUUUCCAGGCCGAGAUCUGUUCAGGAACCAUGGACUGUAAAUUAGACAUUCCUCUUCAUGGAUCAUCAAUUGACAUUGUGAAACAAUGUGGACCCGACCUGAGUGAAAUCCUUGAUAUCAAAUUUGGAUGCGUGGCCACAUUCGAUGGUGUCGAUUUUGAGAGUGACCCGAGUGCUGCGAGUCAAAGAUUGCCAACUGUCACCCCAGAGGAGAGGUUUUCUGUUCGAUUUUCAGGUGUUAAGGUUUCUGUGUGGAAGGCCGAUCUCACCAAUUUCCGCGCGGAUGCUGUCGUGAAUGCUGCGAACACCGAUCUACAGCACUGGGGCGGCCUUGCUCAAGCUCUGUGUGAUGCUGGUGGACCUGACAUCCAGAGAGAAAGUAAGGAUUAUGUCGCUAAAAAUGGUCAACUGCCAACAGGAGAAGCAAUUCCUGCCAAACCUGGGUCACUACCAUGCAAGAUGCUGAUUCAUGCGGUGGGUCCACAUCUGUCGGGCCAUUCUGAUGUGACACGCGCUGAACCUCUGCUGAAGAAGGUCAUCCGGAACAUCCUAGACUUAGUUUGUGAAUAUCGUCUGCACAGUGUGGCCAUUCCUGCUAUAAGCUCUGGGUUGUUCCACUACCCUCUGCCGCAAUGUGCAGAGACCAUAGUGUCUACUGUGAAACACUACUGUGAGAAGUCCAAAGGAUAUCUUCCCACAGAGAUUCUUCUUGUGAACAAUGAUGAGCCAACAGUCAAAGAAAUGGUGAGAGCUUGCCAGAAGAUAUUUACCCACCAGCAGUCAAACUCAUACGGCCAGGCAACAAGAUACAACACCAGAGGUGCGGCCAACAUGCCAGCGUCUACCUUCCAGGUAGGAAAUGUCCAAGUGAUCCUGAAGAUGGGCCACAUUGAGGACCAGCAGACAGAUGUCAUUGUAAACACAGCUUCACAAGACCGCAAUCUGAGCAUUGGUCGGAUUUCCAAAGCUUUGUUCAACAAAGCUGGUCCUGAAAUGCAAGUCGAAAUACGCAAUGCCCCUCCAAGUACAGUCAUCGCCACGAGAGCCUACAGGCUGAAAUGUAAAGUGGUGUAUCACACAUUUUGCACUGAAAAGAAAAACCGUGGAGCAGAAAAGAUCCUUUUUGAUUCAGUAAGCUUUUGCUUAUGGAGUGCAGUGACAAGUAAACACAAGUCAAUUGCCUUUCCUGCAAUCGGCACUGGAGCCCUUGAGUUCCCAAAAUGGGAAGUUGCCAAAAUCAUGUCAGAAGUGGUCGGCAGCUUCGCCCAAAACUUUCCAGAGAAGUUUGACGUUUACAUUGUCAUAUAUCCUUCUGACCACGACAUCUUUCAGGCUUUUGAGAAAGAAAUGAAAUUGCUCCAGAAGAGGGCGUCAAACCCCAGCUUUCUACACGCAUCUAAUGACCGACAUGAGUUCCCUGACAAGAGAGGUCGAACUCCACAGAUCAGCCUGAGCAGCUCCUCUGAUGCAGCAACACGCGAAGCUGAAAAAUGGCUCAAUGGUCUUCUCUUAAGACCACCUUCUACUGUUGAUAUCUGCAACAACUUCAUCUCGCACUUCAGUGAUCAAGAACAGAAGCAGGUGUCUCGCCUGUCCAGAAAAGGCGUUUCCAUUGAGGAGUUUUUUUCGAAUGGCCACGCAUGCAUAAGUGUAAGCGGAACUCCCCGUGAAGACGUCGUGGUCACCGUGUUGAAGAUUGAGACCAUGCUCUGCAACAUCCACAAGAGGUUUGUCUUCGAGGAAGAGAGGGAAUUGUGUCUCAGGACAAGCCAAAGAAAAUUGUCUUUUGAAAGACAGACAGUUGACCAUUCAAGCCAGACGUUCACAGCCAGAUCAUCUAUCUUCAGCAGGCAGGGGCUGCGGAUAUCAAAGAUGGAUGAAGUAGUGAACCCCACACUGCAGACAAUGUUUGACCUGAAGAGAAACCAGUUAAACUGCUCCACUGGUCCUCGAAAAAUGUUACAACGCAUACCUGCACAGUUCUGUGAAAUGGUCAGCCGUAUCGGAUUCUAUGCAGAGUGUGCGCCACCUAAUGAGCCAGCGUGUGGAGAGGGCAUCUACUUCGCUAGCAGCGUGGAGAAAGCCUUGGAAGUGUGGAGGGAGAAACCUGAAGAGUACCUGUACUUUGUGGAGGCUGAUGUGCUGACAGGAAAAUCCACCCGUGGUAAACCAGGUCUCAUUCUGCCGCCUCCCGUGGGGUCAGACCCAGACGUUCUGUAUGACAGCGUGACCGGAGACAAGGACGAUCUCGCCGUCAUAUUUAGCGGCUAUCAAGCUCUACCCAGGUACAUCAUUACCUGUAGGAGUGUUAAGUAGAUCACCGUAAAACAAGCGGAAGUGCAUCCUUAACAGAUGUAUUUACUAUUAGGAAGCACUUCCUUGACACAUAACGGAGAUCAGCAUUGUAAAAUUACAAAGGAAUCACUGAUGUGAGGCUUAUUGCCUUUUAGCUGAUGAUUGCAAAACUUCAGAUUUUCUGUUUCUGUUUCUUUUUGAGUUUUCGACAUGUAUCAUAUAGCAUCACUAGCAUUGUGAAGAAAGCAGUCAUCAUGACACGUCAUUGUCUGUGUGGUGACACCUUAAAAAUGUCCUGGCCUGAUUCUGCUUUUUAUAGAGGGCUAAGUCUUGAGUGGCACCACAUUAUUAAAGCAACAAAUCAUCAAAUAACAAUACAUCUAUAUUUCACUGUGUAUUACAGCGUAGAAUAAACAAGUUGUGAUUGAAGACUUAAAUCUUAAAAUGAAGACAAAGUUUGUCAUUGUUGCAAUGACUGAACUGUGGAGAGUAAGAUGGAGCAUAAUGUAAAUUGAGAAUUUUGUGAUGUUUCCUUGACAUUGAUAUUGGAAUUAAAAAAUAAAUGAUUUUUUUGUCAUGUUUUUGUCUUUUUAACUGUAAAAACAUUGCUUUAUAAAUUGUGUGGUUACUUGGUGAAACACAUGGACAGACAGCUUAUUGUGUAGGAUUUGGAAAGAUAAACUGUACUAGCAGAAAUUAAAAGUAUUUAAAAGCCUGUAUGGUUCCAUUAAUAAACAAUCAGUGGUAACUUUGAAA